UUUAUUGAGUAUAUUUUUUGUGAGUUUUGGAUGUUGGGUAUUUGUAGGCAGUGUGUGGUAGAUGCGAGUAGUAGGUAGUGAGUUGGUGCCAUUCACCCUGCAACGCGCCCGUGUGCCCGUUUCUGUUGGAAGUGGCAGGAGCGAGCGGCGAACGCACAGUAUGUUGCGGCGCGUUAACAAGUGACACAUUUUGGGUUGGGGUAAAGCCACCGGUGCUUUCGGGCGGUGCACACGUUCCGUUAACUUCUCUAUUUUAAAAAGUACUUGCUUGACGAUAUCCGGGAAGGGACCGACCGCAUCGGCGCGCUGCCGCGCCGCCCUCGGCGCUCGACACUCGACUCUACGGUUUACACUCUACGCCACUGUCACUCAUUUUCGAUGCAGUCGACCUGCGUACGCGUCGUCGGUCGCUUCGCGCGCACGCGCGUCCGCUUUCAUGCACUCAACAUAUUUUGAUAGUUGAUAAGUUUUUAACGUGCGGGAAGUACAACAAUAAAUGAACUCGCCGCCACGAUAGUGUUUUUGGUUCAUGCGGAGGAUGUAUGUUACGCAGAGGUGAUAUUUGUGGUGCCAGUUUAUAAUUUUAGUUACCAUGAGCGGGAGGGAAGGCGGAAAUGCAGUUCCCUCUUCGAGUGUGGCGGGCGCGAGCGCGAGCGCGAGUGGCAGCGGCGUGACAGGGGUGACGCGCCGCGGACGAUGCAAGUGGUUCAACGUGGCGAAGGGAUGGGGGUUCAUUACCCCCGACGACGGCGGUCAAGACGUAUUCGUGCACCAGAGUGUUAUCCAAAUGCCUGGGUUUAGAUCACUCGGCGACGAGGAAGAUGUAGAGUUUGAGUGCAAGGAGUCUGAUAAGGGUUUAGAGGCGACACGUGUCUCUGGCCCAUCGUCCGUGGACUGCCAAGGUUCCCACCGCCGUCCGCUCUCCAAGAAACGCUUCCGAAAAAUACGUUGCUACAAUUGCGGGGAGUUUGCCAACCACAUCGCUGCCAAAUGCAGCAUCGGCCCACAACCAAAGAGGUGUCACAACUGCAAGAGCGAAGAUCAUCUGAUUGCUGACUGUCCUAUAAAGGUUGAGAAGAAAAAGGACGAAACGCAAUCCAAGAGUUCCAGCAGUUCCCAAGGCAGUCAACAACACCCUCCGCAAUAGUGACUCCAUGCGAAACGUCUCCAAUAACAAAACCUCUACAAUAACAAAAUGUUCAUCACUCCAUCUUUAUGGGUGCACAUGAGAGAAGAUAAAUAUUUUUCUAAAAUUCCGACAGAUAACUGGCAAUAGUAACCCUCCGUCUAUUUGUCGUUAAAGACACGAUUAAUAUUUAAUUUGUAAUGCUAAUUUUAUUAGGAAUAAAGAAACCACUACCUCAUUUUCAGUACAAAAUAGAAUGUAAACUAAGACUGAUCAGUACAAACCCAUUAGUAAUACAAACUCUACAAUCUUAUAACUAUAUUAUUUUAACAACAUGUGACCUAAGUUUGCUAACGUAACAUAAGUACAAAUUUUAUGUGUUCGAGUGUCGUAUAUCUUGAUUUUUUACGUACAUUAUUUGGUAUUUAUCCAAAGUUAAGCGUGUGUUUAUAUUAAUUUCGUUGCUAUAUUAUAUUAUCGUCAUUUUAACGUAGUUCUUUUAGCGUGUAAAAUUAUUAAGAUAAGAUUUUUUUUAAUUGGCUACGAACAAAAAUGGAGUGCCACAAAAACGGUAAUAUCUAAAACUCUUCCCCCCACUAUUGUAAACAGGCAAUUUAAUAUUACCACCAUGGGAAAGUAACCCUGAUGUUCUUUAAUAUGGUUCAGUGCUAUACCAAAACGUAAAUCGUAUGUUACUCAUGACACUUAAACUGAAAUGAUUAGAAUUGUUACCUGAAAUUAUUACAAAUAUUUGCGUAAUGCAAAUAUUUGUAAAGUCGACAUAAUUUUAAAAUGAAUAAUUACAUAUAUAGCGUAAAAGAUCUACAUGUCCACGUAUUAUGUUGAUAGCACACAACAUUAUUAUGUACUUCGUAAAUGUAGAAGAUUAAUGUGCCAAAGUAAAAUUUACCUUGUUGCAAUAAUUCUAAAGUUAUUUUAUAAGAGUGACUCGCUAACACAACUAUUGAGUGUAGCUUAUGUUCAAUUAACUUGCCUUGAUUUUAUAAUGAUAGUGGUUUUUGCAAUAUAUUUUGUAAACAGUACUGUUCACAAAAACGAUAACGAAUACCUACUAAAAAUGUAAAACCAUUUGCGAUUUACUUUUGCUCAAAAGCCUAAUAAUAAGUAGAUGUGUCAAUAAACAUGUAGGUACUUAAUUAUUCUUGCAAUUGAAUAAUUCAAAUGUAAUUGUUUGUUAAGCGUAAGGUUAAGUAUUGAAUGUGUUUUAUAAUGAAGGUGACUGAAGGGAGCAGAAUCCUCCAAAGAUUUGAAUGCAAUCGUGUGCUACAAUUUUUGUGUCCCGUAACGUAUUUUUUAUUUUGUAAGAUGAGUUAAAAUGUUAUUAUUACUAUGAAAAUUAGAUUUUAUAAAAAUCAUAAACGACAAUUGUAAUGUAAUUUGUUCAACAUUAAAAUUACAAAAACGAAUGUUGUAGAAUUUUACAAUUGUCGCAAAUAAAUGUAACAGAGCAACCGUCAGUAAACGUAGUUAAUAUCUCAAUCAUAUCAUUCACACAAUGUGAAAAAAACAAUUAUUAAGAAAUAACCAAUAUUUAACCUUCGCUGUUUGAAAUUUUAUAUAUUCAAGUACGUAACAAUGUAAUAUCGAAGUAACAAAAUAUUAGCGUUAAUCUACCUCAAGUAGUUUAAGGUGUUUAUGAUAUAUUAAUAAGAUUUUAUGUUAUUGUGUUCAAUGUCAUUUUACAACCACCGAUGAGUAAGUUUUUACGAGUUAAGUACUUUAUAAUAAUAUUUAUCGCCAUGCCAAUAGUUUCUGCAGCUCUAGAUUAUACGUUUUCUUCAUAUAAGUUACACACUUAUGACGCCAUCGUGUAGAUCAUAUUUUCAUUAUAUCGCUCCAUUGCAUUGGUUUAAUCACA